GUGGCUUUGCUCUGCCAUCUAUUCCUCCUACUGCAAUGCCAGCAGCUUCAUUAUUUACUUGUCCGAGGCGUUUAAUCUCUGCCUCCAUCUGCUGCAGCUUGGCCUUGAAGCCCAGCUUCUCCCGCUUCCAAUCUUCCAUGGCCGCCCUUUGCUCGACGCGUAGCUGUCGGACUUGCUUGAUUUUAUCCGUGAGGAAGCCUUGUGUCUCGCCCAGCUGCUUUCGCAAGGGUUCCAUGUUUUUAAGCAAGGGUUAGCUGUGUUACCCCUUCUAAUUUAUCUGUUUAACUUAUUUUUUAAUCGUUUUAUCAAGCACCUGCUGUGUUUACUGUUCUUUAAAGCUUAAGCUACAUAGGUAUCCAGGUGGUUACCGAAGAUAGGUACUAGGUAGGUAGCUGUUGCUUU